AAUUAACUCACUGGUCCCUGGUGCACAGCCCUGAUUCUCAUCAGUUGGAAAGCUGGAACCCAUCCACAAAAUAAUUGAGUGACCCAGGGACAGCUUCUGCCCAACUUGAAAGAAAUGGACUCUUUAGAGACGAAUCGAUUAUGGCAGGACCGCGACAUCAGAUUUGACGUGCCCUUGAGUCAGAUGAAGAUGCGACCCGGUGAACGUCUUAUUGACCACUUGGAUAGUAUCGAGGAUACAAAAGGAAACAACGGGGAGAAAGGAAGACUCAUGGUCACAAACUUGAGGAUUAUCUGGCAUGGAAAGAUAUUCCCUCAUAUUAACCUAUCUCUUGGGUUCAACUCCGUGAUAGAAAUAACGACACGCACAGCCAAAUCCAAACUCCGUGGUUCAACAGAAGCACUUUACAUACUUACUCGGUGCAACAACACCAGAUUUGAGUUUAUCUUUACUAACUUAGUUCCUGACACUCCUCGACUCUUCACUUCCGUUCUGGCUGUGCAAAGAGCGUACGAGACUACUAAGAUGUACAGAGAUCUAAAGUUGAGAGGAGCUCUGAUUGCAAAUAAGACAUUAAGGCUUCUUCCUUUGGAAGAAGUGUAUGAUCAGGUAAAUGGAGUGUGGAAUUUGUCCGCUGAUCAGGGAAACUUGGGUAACUUCUACAUCACUAAUGUUAGACUAGUAUGGCACGCAGAAAUCAACGAAUCUUUCAAUGUCAGUAUACCCUACAUCCAGAUGAAGGAUGUUAAAAUCAGAGACAGCAAGUUUGGUACAGCCCUUGUUAUAGAAAGCCUCAAAAGUGCAGGGGGAUACGUGUUAGGGUUCAGAGUAGACCCUAUUGAGAAACUAAACGUAACAUUUAAGGAGGUUCACAGUUUGUUCAGGGUCUACAGUGCUAACCCUAUCUUUGGAGUACAGUUCAAAGUUGAAGAUAGGAUAGAGCCUCUAGAUGAUGUUACAGUACAGUAUGAGGAAGAUGAUAUUGAGAUAAUUACUAAAGAUAACCCCUCAAGUGAUGCGUUCCUGGCUUACUAUGCGGAUAACAACAAAGAGACAGAUUCAGAACCAGUUUUCAGUGAAAAGUUAGGACUUGCAAUAGAAAGUAUUAAAGAUGGUUUUACCUUGGAGAGCCUGUGGGAAAUCACUGGAAUUUGAACUAUGCCGAUUUUCUGUGAUUUUAAGCGUUUGAUUGUUACACUUUUAAUGAUAACUGCAGGCUUUUAAUGAUUAAGGUUUUGUGAUUAAGGUUUUAUUAUGUUGGUUUACCUUGUUUUGGGUCCUGUUUUUAUGUUUUUGAAGGUUAUAUAAUUUUCACUCGACCCUCGGUUAUUUUUUGAUAUCUAACUGCAAA